UCCUGCUUAAAAGGACAACAAGCGGCUCUAUACGGGACCAAGCCCUUGAUCCUACUGUAUAAACUUUCCUUUUUGUCUUGAAAAGUUAUUUGAUGAAAAAGGAAACUACGCUUGUAGCUUUUUUGUUGUUGACAAAGCCUACAUCCGUUUGUAGGAAGUUCCCUUUUAUGGAAGCUUGAGAAUUCUAUGGAACGCACAUCGACUUCCGUUUGGGUGUGUAGUGGUAGCUCUAUCUACAAAGUAAUUAGCUAAAGUCGUACCUUUUUCGAGCAAUUUUUACCCAUUAUCCAUUGCAGACUAAAAGAAACCGUCUGAUUAGUAGCCCGAUUCCCUAACCGCUCAGCCAUCUGACUCCCUAUGUAUGGUGUUUAAUUGUAGAAGAUGUCAAAGUCUUUGAAGAAAAUUGUGGAGGAGAGUCGGGAUAAGAAUAUACCUGAGGUGGACAUGUGUGACAGAGGGAUAUCCAACAUGCUGGACAUCCCAGGACUAUUCACCUUGUCCAACAUCACACAGCUGGUUCUUAGUCACAACAAGCUCACAAUCGUUCCUUCCAACAUUGCAGACAUGAAGAACCUGGAGGUUCUGAAUGUUUUCAACAACCAGAUUGAAGAGCUGCCCACCCAGAUCAGCAGCCUACAGAAGCUGAAGCACCUCAACCUGGGUAUGAACAGGAUGAGUAGUCUGCCACGUGGUUUUGGGUCACUGCCUGCUCUUGAGGUACUGGACCUCACCUAUAACAACCUGAAUGAGAGCUCCCUGCCUGGGAACUUCUUCUACCUUACGACCCUGCGUGCACUCUAUCUCAGUGACAACGACUUUGAGAUGCUGCCCCCAGACAUCAGCAAGCUGACCAAGCUGCAGAUACUUAGUCUGAGAGAUAAUGACCUGAUAUCGCUGCCCAAGGAGAUUGGAGAUCUGGCCCAGCUCAAAGAGUUGCAUAUUCAGGGCAACAGGCUCACCGUGUUACCCCCAGAAUUAGGUAACCUGGACCUGACUGGCCCUAAGCAGGUGUUCAAGGCGGAGAACAACCCCUGGGUGACACCUAUUGCAGAUCAAUUCCAGCUGGGAGUCUCGCAUGUUUUUGAGUAUGUCCGUUCAGAGACAUACAAAUAUCUCUACGGGCGCCACAUGCAAGCAAAUCCUGAGCCGCCAAAGAAGAGCAAUGACAAAACCAAAAAGAUCAGCCGCAAGCCUCUGGCUGCCAAAAACAAGUGAGGAAAAAGACAUGGAAGAGAAGAGUUGACCACUUGUCUGUCCAGGCUGGACCUCACUGCAUGUGCCUUUAUCCCUUUUUUUUCGAUGUAUUCAUCAACAAGGAAUUAUAAUUUUUUAGACAGCAUGUAUGUUUGUAUGCUAACAAUGUCACACAUGAAUCUCAACCAAGGUUGGGGUUCAUUGAGUUUAAUUACAGGAAGUAAGCAGGAAGUUGAUCAAAAUUAUAAUCUAUUCUAUUAAUUCAACCAAUCAUUUACCUAACUUUGGUUAAUGUCGUUUUAUUCAUAUGUCUGAACUGUUGAAACUGAAUCAUAACUGACCCCAAACCAAGUUUGCAACUUGGGUUUAACUAUGUAGCUUUAUUCACCUCGAGUCUCAUUUAUAAAACCUGACAUGAAAUACAUUUCAUACUAUAUAGUGGCAUAUGUAGUACAUACAUGAACUCUACAAUGCGAUUUCACAGAAUUUGAAAUCAAAGUGUAAGCGGUAGAUUGAAGUUUACAAAAGGAAAACUGCAGUAUGUUUAUAAUACAAAAAAAACCUUCAACACCAUGUGCAAAUGUAUGCUCAAAAGCUUGCAUGGAAAUAGGUGUAGUCUCACGCCAAGUUCUAUUUUCAUAAAUGCCACUGUAUCUGUAAAGUUACGUACAUUUGGUCUAUAAGGCCCUUGGUGCUUGUAUUCUCUUCCAUUAGACAAAGAAUAAAAUAUUUUCAAUCUCUGUG